GUGGAAUCUGAACCGACAGAUUAUUCAACGCUUGCACUGAUCUGAAAUUAACUGCUUUGACGACUUAUGAACUGGAAUACAUUUGUGUCUGCGUCUGGUGAACCAGUAUACUCAUACUAAUGCAAACUGGUUAGGAUGUCAUUAUGGGUGGCACCUUUGGGAUGAGGUGUGGACUGCCUGCAGUCUUGCUUUGUCUGGCAGCUCUCCUCUGUGCCAAUCUACUGCUGUAUUUCUACCUAGAUGCCCUGUUUCAGGACACUAACCCUCUCUCAGCACACACACAGUGCCCGCUUCGCCACUUUAAAGUGGGCACCAUGACCACUUGUACCCCUUGGCUUCAGUGCCCUGAAAUCCGUGCUGAUGUCCGCCGUGUGAAGCUCAUUGGACAAGGGGCUGUGAAGAAGGUUUAUCUGUCUGAGUGGCGAGGGCAGAAGGUGGCGCUCUCCGUAUUGUCAUCGGAGCAGUAUACAGAUGAUUUCCUCCAUGGACUGUCAAUGCUACGUGCCUUGCAGAGCGCCCACGUCGUGACGCUUGUAGGGGAGUGUGAAGAGGAUGGUACGUUUGUUACAGAGUAUCACCCUCUGGGAUCAGCAUUGACUCUCGAUGCCACCCUCACUCAAGACCAAUAUCGCUGGCGAAACUCCUGGCAUACUCGACUACAGCUGGCCAUAGACUACGUUGCCUUCCUGGCGUACCUGCACAGCAGUCCAGUGGGCAUCCGUGUCAUGUGUGACUCCAACGACCUGCACAAAACUCUCAGCCAGUUCCUGCUCACAUCCGACAUGCGCCUGUUGGCCAAUGACCUGGAUGCGCUGCCUGAGGUGGAGAGGGGACGGGGAGGGGUGAAGUGCGGACACCAUGAGCUCACCGGGGACUUCGUUGCUCCUGAGCAGUUGUGGCCUUACAGCGAGGAUGUGCAGUUCUCAGAUGAAGCCAUGCCUGGUUACGAUGAAAUGACGGACAUCUGGAAGGUUCCAGAUGUGACACGUUUCUUAUUGGGGAAUGUCCUGGGAAGCGAUGUCAUCCAUUUUCACUUGUUUCAGAUCUACACAGAAUGUAAGCGGAAGGAGCCUCACAUGCGGCCAGCGGUGCUUGAGGUCCUCCGUGUGUAUCGCUCCGUCUACGACAGCAUGAUAGAGAGUCAAACACAGAGAGUUCGAGAUAUGUUGUAGAGCAUAAUGGUCAUUAAAGGGAUAGUUAAACCAAAAAUGAAAAUUCUGUUCUCAUUUACACCGAACCUGUAUCACUUUAUUUCUUCUGUGGAACAUGAAAAUAUUUUGUGAAAUGUUCCUUAUAAUAGAAGUCAGUGGUCACCAAAACAGUUUGGUUCUUCUAAAUAUCGUUUUUUUUGUCAGUCAUAAAGGUUUGGAGUAAAUGAGAACAGAAUUUUCAUUUUUGCGUGAACUGUCCCUUUAAGUUGAAAAGAUAGCACUGCAGUGCAAUGGGUUUUGUCAUACCACAUUGAAGAAUAUGCAGCAAAAGUGUGACCGCAACAUCCAGCAGAGGAUGAGAUGCAACAUCUCAGGGCUUCAGAUCUGAAUCCAGCUUCAAAUUCUUAUGCUGAGUCUGAAUUUUUGCAAUAAGAAGUAAAAAACUCUUGCAUAACUAUACAUCAUAAAACUUAUUUUCAGUUAAGUGAAUAGAACUUAUCUUACUGAUGCAGUGAUUGAAUAUGUAGAGUAAGUGUGGAUCUUAUUUAGAUUUGAAUAAGAUUAUCAUUCUGGAAACUAACCUGCUUUUUGUUUCUUUUUUCAGUAUUUGGAAGCCUUUUAAUAAAUCAUUUUCUCAAGAA